AAUUUAUUUAGAAAAAAAUAAGUAAAAUUAAAAACAAAGAUAAAUACUGUGAUUAUAAUAAUAGAAAAAAAUAUGGUUCAUGUCUCUAAGGGAACAUUAAUUACAUGUGAUCAGUCAAUGAAACAAUUUUUAUUACAAUUGGAUCAAACUAAUGCUCUCGGAAAGAAGUUCAUCCUACAAGAAUUAGAUGAAGAACAUUUAUUUGUAUCAUCUGAUGUGUUGGAAACUUUAGAAGAUCGUGUUGAUGAAUUAAUGGACCAACUAACUUUUACUCAGAAUUAAAAUUUUUUGUACUGACCACCUAUUAA